UGCAGUUAUCCAGUGGUCUCCUCCUCCACACACAUCACGCUCGAUUCUGCUGAUGAGAGAGGGGCAAAUAUGUGUUGAAUGAACGGUGAAUGCGUGCAUGCGUCCGGUGAAUGUCAUUAUCAGAACCGGUUCAUGGGAUUUCAGAGUCCAGUUUAAAGAGGAUUAAUUGAUGGUGAGUGAGUGGCAGAGAAGCAGAAAGGCUUCAUCAUGACUUGGCUCUGGAUUUUAACUUUGGCCAUCGGUGUUCACAAAGUAUUUUGCGGUCCGCGGUUCUCACAGGAGCCUGCAGACCAGUCUGUUGUGGUUGGGGAGAGAGUGGUUCUGUCCUGUGUGGUGUUCAACUACACCGGCAUUGUACAAUGGACCAAAGACGGGCUCGCUCUUGGCAUCGGAGAGGACCUGAGGGCAUGGCCGCGGUAUCGUGUAUUGCGUAUAAUGGAUGUUGGACAGUAUAAUCUAGAGAUUACGUCAGCAGACUUGUCAGAUGACUCGCUGUACGAGUGUCAGGCCACAGAAGCCGCUCUGAGGUCUAGAAGAGCCAAAUUGUCUGUUCUGAUCCCCCCUGAAGGUCCUGUAAUUGAAGGCUCUCCAGAGAUCCUGUUGACUGCAGGAACCUCAUAUAACCUCACCUGUGUGUCUAGAGGAGCAAAGCCAAUGUCAACCAUAGAAUGGUACAAAGAUGGAAUUAUAGUGGAGGGAGCUCAUACCAGCACCGAGCUGUUAGCAGACAGAAAGAGAGUGACAACGCGGAGUUUUCUGGAGAUACUGCCAGCAGACACAGACACAGGACGAAAUGUUACCUGCAUGGCCUCAAAUCUGGCUGCCCCUCUAGGGAAAAGAGCCACUGCUACCCUCAACGUCCACCAUCCUCCCACUGUCAUUCUGUCCAUAGAGCCUCGCUCUGUUUUAGAAGGAGAGAGAGUUGCUUUCACCUGCCAGGCCACUGCCAACCCUCCCAUUAUGGGCUACAGGUGGGCUAAAGGAGGUGUGAUUCUGGAUGGAGCGAGAGAAAGUGUGUUUGAGACAACAGCAGAUCACUCGUUCUUCACUGAGCCUGUGUCCUGCCUGGUCUUUAAUGCAGUGGGCAGCACUAACGUCAGUAUAUUGGUGGACGUUCACUUUGGUCCAAUUCUAGUGGUGGAGCCAAGGCCUGUAACAGUUGAUGUUGACUCUGAUGUCACUCUCAACUGUAAGUGGGCAGGAAAUCCUCCACUCACCCUCACAUGGACCAAGAAGGGCUCUAGUAUGGUCCUCAGUAAUAGUAAUCAGUUAUUCCUGAAGUCCGUAAGUCAGGCAGAUGCAGGGCAGUAUGUGUGUAAAGCUAUCGUGCCCAGAAUCGGCGUCGGAGAGACAGAGGUCACACUCACUGUCAAUGGACCUCCAAUUAUCUCAAGCGAGUCAAUCCAGUAUGCCGUGAGAGGAGAGAAGGGAGAAAUCAAGUGCUACAUUGCCAGCACCCCUCUACCAGACAAAAUUGUUUGGGCCUGGAAGGAGAAUGUGUGGGAAAAAGAGAGAGGGACACUGUUAGAGAGAUACACAGUGGAACAGAGCAGACCUACGUCACAGGGGGGCGCUGUUCUCUCGACUCUCACCAUCAAUAACGUCAUGGAAUCUGACUUCCAGUCCACUUAUAACUGCACUGCAUGGAAUGCGUUUGGACCAGGAACCAUGAUCAUCACCCUAGAGGAAACAGAUAUAGUGCCUGUAGGUGUAAUAGCAGGUGGAUCUGUUGGAUCUUCCAUUCUGCUGCUUCUCCUCCUGUUUGCUCUGAUAUUCUAUCUUUAUCGACAACGCAAAGGCAGUCGUCGUGGAGUCACGUUGAAGCCAGACAUUAAGGUGGAAACGGUUAACAAGGAGACACACAGUCUUGAGGAGGAGACCGCCAGCGCCUCCACGGCAACACGAAUGUUUCUUCCCUCUGUCUCCCUCUCUCCCUCCACCCAGCCUUUCAAAGACGACAUGGACAUGAAGCAAGACUUGCAAAGUGACACGCUGGAGCCCAAGGUGGAGGAGUAUGAGCCCAAGGACCCUACUAAUGGCUACUACAACGUUCGAGCUACGACGCAUGACGAGGUUCGCACCUCAACCCGCUCUCUUCUGUAUCAAGAAUUCCGCCCACCUUAUCCUGCGUCAGUUUCCACUUCAACCGGCGGCCUAGUGACCAACAUACAUCCCGCACCCACAGGCCGUUAUGAGCCUCGCCCGGCUUCGCGAAUGCCGCACAACACAUACGCCCAUUUUAACACAAUUGCAAGGGUGUCACAAAUCCAAGCCCCACCCAACCCUGUCUCCAAGACCACAGACUAUUCUGGAGAGCGUGGCCUACUGGAAUCAACCAAUCCACUAGCUUUUGACAGCUACACUUAUUCAACGACACCUCAGUACAGGAUGGGGUUUGCCCCACCUUUGGAAGCAGGACAAGCCUAUGAAAUGUAUCCUACGGGACAGGGGGUGGGGACAAGUCAAGGGGUGGGGCAAGAUACUGGUGCAGGGAAAUACACUAGCUCCACCCAAUUUCCAUAUUCAACCCCUCCUACAGAGUAUUCUCAGAGACACACGCAGAGAAUGCAGACUCAUGUGUGAGACAAACUCAAUCUCACACUGUCCAUCUCAUGAAAGCACUUCCCUGGACGCAAAUAUUUGGUACAUAGAGGUAGUGUACUCUUUUUUUUUUUUUACACACGAGUUCAUGAAACAGUUAUGGUCCCAAACUCUCUGUCCAUCACAACAAUGUGCAAACACACACUGCGUUUUCUACCUUUACAUCAACAAGAGAACUUUCUAAAGGAAAAAGUGCCAAAUUACAGUUGAUUAAAAGAAAAUGAUUGAAACUGAAGAGGAAAACGCAGAUCAAAGAGAGGACGCCAACAUAUGGAGCAGCACCAACCGUACACUGAAAUAACAAACCAUUUUCUUAACCAAUAUCUGUCUUGUUUUACAGUAAAAAUAUCUAAAUAUUCUUAAAACAAGAUCAAUUUACUUCAGAAGCAAAAUUGCAUAAGAUUUUAAAGUUAGUUUAUCCAAAAAUGAAAGUCUGUAAUCAUUUUCUCACCCUCAUGUUGUUCCAAACCCAUAUGACUUUCUUCUGUGGAACGUAAAAGGAGAUGUUGGCCAGUCUGUAAACUUCACUCACCAUUCAUUUCAUCUUUUUUCCAUACCUUGAAAAUGAAUAGUGACUGAGGCUGUCUGUCCCUAUAAUUCUACUUAACAUCUCUUUUUCUGUUUCAUGGCAGAAAAUAAGUCAUCUAUGUUUGGAACAACAUGAGUAAAAUAAGUAAAUGAAGACAGAAUUUCCCUUUAAAACUUUUUAUAUAUCUUAAAUUAAGUGUAUUCUUCUUACCCAAUUGGCAAAUAGUUUUCUCUUGUUUUAAGUGUAAAUCUAAUUUAUGCACUUUUAUUAAUGAGGUUUAAAACAAGAAAUAUUAUUUACAGUAUAACAAUUUAUGAAUUGACUUACUGAACUUUGUUCUUAGAUAUAUUCUUAAUACUGUAUCUUAAGCAAUUUUGCUUCUCAUAUAAAUGCAUCUUGUUUUAAAGAAAUAUUCGGGGUUCAAUACAAGUUGAGCUCAAUCAACAGCAUUUGUGGCAUAAUAUUGAUUAUCACAAACAUUUAUUUUGACUUGUCCCUGCUUCAACAAAAUCUAAACCUUAAAAUACUCACUGUUACAAAAGUAUAGCCACAAUAUGUAAAUAAUGUGCAUGUUUAAAUGAUUUUAGUGUGAUAAAAUAGCUUACUAACAUUUUCUGUGUAAAGUUAUAGCCAAAUUUAACUUUGUUGCCAUGACGACAUAACUGUAAUCCUGCAAAAACGACAAUAUGAACAACUUCACAGCUCAAAUAAUACACGUGCUUUAACAGAAGAAUUCAUCUAAGUGCUUUUAUAAAAUUAUAAGCUUCACAUUUCUGCCUUUUAACCCUUUACAAAUUGGCCCCAUUCACUUCUAUUGUAGGUGCCUCACUGUAACCUCGAUUUAAAAAAUAAAUAAUUUUUUGUGGUACUCAAUAUGCCACAAAUGCUGUUGAAUGAGCUUGAAUUGAAUUCCUUUCAGGAUGCUUAGAUAUUUUCCUUCUGGAAUACAAGACAAAAAUACUGAUUAUUUGCAGUGUAUAACUUUACCAUUCUUCCUCCUUUCCAAAAUGAUCUGCAAAUGUGGCAGAAAUGUCAAAUCCCAAACUCUCUAAAUCUCUUCCUUCUUGUAUCAGCAUAUCCGUCCCUCCGCACCAAAAUAAGACACUGCAAAGCAGCCAUUAGAUGUUUCUCCAUGUGAAGUGUGACUCUUGAGUCACUUAGUGGCUACUCUUUAAAGGACCAAGAAGAAUUAUAAAGGCUUGAGCGCACCAGAAGCCAUAAACAUCUGGUAGUAAAGCCCAGUGAAAAAGCCUUAUCGCUAUGCACUGGAGUAUGCACUGGACAGGAGAGUGUACCCUGCUAAGACCUGUUCCACAACUCAACCUAAUAGAUAUGAUGUUGUACAUUGUGGCCAUUUCAGGUGGGAUCACAUUGAUUGUAUAGUUUACUGCGUACGUAAAAAAAAAAAAAAGUAAAAAAAAAAGCAAGUGAUAUUGCAGAACAAAUCAAUCAUUUGAAAAAUACUACUAACGCUGUUGACAAUCACUUGUGAAAUAAUUUCCCGAAUGGUCAACUUUCCAACAAACAACUCACUUCAGUGCAGAUGGGCCAGCCAAACAAUAUCUCUACAGCAUAAUGCCUGCACUGCCCGAACUCCUCAUAGGAUUAGCUGUCUGCUGCCUGGUUGGACUCUUCUGAUUGGUUGACUUGGAUGGUCUUGGAGAUCUGAGUAUCUGGGUAAAUGCCACCAGUGCUUUUAACUCUGAAAGCUGGACUUUAUGUAACAUUUUAGGAAUUUUUAAACACAGUUGCUACACACAGAGUGUCAAAGUGAGCUUACAGACUCUUUUCUGAACACACGCUCUGCCUCCUUCCAAGAAAACCUCACAAGUAUUUGACACUUUAAGUGUUUAUAAAUGUGUGCGAGUGUGUGUUUUUGCUCAUGUAAUGUGAAGGAACAUUUUGAAUGUGAAACUUUGGUUUGUUCAAUUUCCAUGUAUUUGUCCUUAACACAUUCAAAAGUAGAUUAGUGUGCUUUUCCAUAUUUGUAUCUAAACGAAAUUGCUUUGAAAGCGCUUUUAUAGUAUUUUUCUAAGAGGGUGGAAAAAAAACUGAGAUUGAAUGGUUUUUGGUAAGUAAUAUAAAGGAGAAAUGGUCAAACUAAUUCGUUAUGUUUAGGAUAUGUACAUUUGUCUAUGUUCUGUAAAGGGGAGUUGAUCCAGAUAAUAAUGGAAAAGUUUUAAAUAAUACUAAAAAUGGAAGCAAUUUGUUUCUAAGACACUAUUCCUGCAUAACACAAGACAACUAAAUGGUCCUUUAUGCAAAAUAUAGAAGGGCUUAUCCUUGUCCAAAUUGUCCCUUGGUCUAGAUUUUUGCCAAUAAUUUUUCAAGCUCAAAAUAUGAAUUGUUUUUACAAAUUAACAGCAUUGUUCAGUUAAUUAAGUAAACAUUUUAUAGUAAAAUGUUUAUUGGAGCUGAAUCAUUGAAAUCUUUUAAAAAUUGAAAUCAUUGCAUCUAUUGAAAAUGUUAGUAGGCUAACGAUAUAAAACAAUUUAUAUUCUCUAUAUAUCCACAUAUCAAAUAUUUUGGAUAUCUCAUAAUGGUUUCGAGACCUAUUUAGCACUUUUUACUGAAGACAGGACAACAAACCCCAAAUGAGCAAAUUUACAUAUCAGAAAUGGAAAAAUAAGAGAACGAAUGCGCAAUAUUGUAAGCAUAAGUGAGCGUGUAUGUGUGCGAGCGUGUAAAUGAGAGUAUGAAAGCAUGUGUGACUUCAAUUCCAUUUCACCAUACUCGUGUUAAAAAAGCACUGUACUGUGCUUCUGAUUUUUAUAAACAUUUUUGUCAUUGUAUAUUUCACAGUUUGAUUCAUCUUUUAAAAAUGUACAAUUCAAAAGAAAAAUAAGAUUCAUAUGCUUUUGCCCAUAAUAAUUUAAAUUUUUUCAAUUGUAUGUGGUUAUUUUUCCACAGUAUUCUGAAAUAAAAACAUCACUUUCA